UGUAGUUCCUACUAAAGAUAUUGCUCGACAUUGCAAGAGGUGUCGAGUUAAAAAAUGUAACAUUUGUUUAAUGUUCUAGCUAGUCUUAACGUGUCUGUCGUUUGAAAAUUAAAUCAACAACCCUAGUAGGUCACGUUUCAAUAUCCAUCAAUAGUACUUGGAAAAUGUUACCAAAACUUAUAUACAUGUGUUUUACCUAGCUAACCAGAUUAUCACUAAAAUAGCUAACAAGCUAAUGUUGUUAGCCACGGUCCGUCCCACUCGCAGCACAACGGUAUCCUAUGCUUUCCACUGUUUCAAAAUGACCUCGCCUUAUUUCGUUGAGAGUACCGCGGUCAUCACUCGGAGCGGUAACAAGACCGUGCCCCGUGCCGGUUUAGCCACGACGUUAAAAACUAGGAUGGAGAGGAGAGUGUUGAGGGCGCACGUGAAACAGGAGGAAGACGAUUCGAGCGUAUCAAAUCAGAGUUUGGGACGAGACGUUUCAGGUAUGAAUCCGUUUUAUCACAACAUUGCCCUUCUGACAUUUACAAACUGAGGCAAUGUCUUGCUGCAUCAUUGAGGGACUUACAGAUGGGACAAGCUGUAGCCUAAAACAACAACUAAGAGAUGACGACAGUCUUCAGAGAAAGAGAGCCUAUGGCCUGGCUAUAUGCACACAGUCUGAAUACACCCCUAAUAUCUUUGACACAGAUAUUGGCUCCUCUAGGUUCUGUAGCUCAUCCAUCGGCCAAUCACAAGCUGAGCCAGACAAAGCCCUGUCCCUGUUACCACUGGCACCCAUCCUGCGUAGGAGGCGGGGCCAGGUGAAGGUGGAAUACGAUGGGAAGGUGGAGCCUAAACACUGGGAGCCUCCUGAUUGGAGCAAGCAGCUGGGUCAUGUGCGUCAGAUGAGGAGCGCCAGGGACGCGCCUGUUGACCUCAUGGGGGCGGAGAAAUGCUACGACACACAAGCCCCUGAUGAGGUGCGACGUUACCAGGUGCUGGUGUCUCUGAUGUUGUCAAGCCAGACAAGGGACCAGGUGACCAGUGCGGCUCUGCAGAGACUCAGGGCUCAUGGCUGUACAGUGGACAACAUAGUCAACACUGACGAUGACACACUGGGACAACUCAUCUACCCUGUUGGCUUCUGGAGGACCAAGGUGAAGUACCUGAAGCAGACAUCAGUGAUGCUCCAGAGGGAGUUUCGAGGGAACAUCCCUAACACAGUGGAGGGCCUGGUAGGUCUACCUGGAGUAGGACCCAAGAUGGCUCACCUGGCCAUGGACAUCGCCUGGCACCAGGUCUCUGGCAUAGGCGUGGACACACACGUCCACCGUAUCUCCAACCGGCUGGGAUGGACGAGAGGUGGGACCAAGCACCCAGAGGAGACACGCAAGACCCUGGAAGACUGGUUACCAAGGGAUCUAUGGAGUGAGAUCAACUGGUUGCUGGUGGGGUUUGGUCAACAGGUGUGUCUACCUGUCAAUCCUCUCUGCUCCGUGUGUCUGAACCAGCACAGCUGCCCCUCUGCCCACCAAGCCUCCCCAGCCAAGAGGACUAAAGCUGGGUCACCUCGCUCACCACACUCCCCCAAGACCUCCAGGGUCAAGCUGGAGCCGUGUUCUCUUGGUUUGGGGUUACCACCCCCCUCCUCCUCAGCCACACCGGUCAAAGAGGAACCUCUGGCUACCGCCCUCUCCCGCCUGCCCAGAAAGAGGAAGUCGAAAGCCAAAACCUUCUCUCCAUGAUACAACAGAAGAGGGUAGCAUCCCUUUAGAGAUGUAGGGACCGUAUCCCAAUUCUCUCUCCUUCCUCCCAAAGUGUGCUCGUCACUUCCCUUGACUGAUUUGAAAUGAGCGGUACUAGAGAUAUGGUGGUAUUCACUUCUUUAGUGGGAAGACCAUUUUUGGACCGAAUUUCUGUGGACUCACAACACCCCAAAACUAAACCUUCACAUUUUUACUUCAACUAAUAAAUACUUUUUCAAAUGAUCUCAAA